AUGCCCAAAACCCUCACGGUCGCCGUCGCGCAAUCGCGCACCCUCGACACGACCUCCGCCACCCUCGCCGCCCUCGAACGCACCACCCGCCACGCAGCAUCCCGCGGCGUCAACAUCCUCCUCUUCCCCGAGGCCUACCUAGGCGGAUAUCCGCGCACCUGCGACUUUGGCACUGCCGUCGGCCAUCGCAAUCCCGCCGGCAGAGACCAGUUUCUGCAAUACUUCAACUCCGCUGUUGACCUGGGCGAUACCCCGGCCGGAGCGGGCGAUGACUGGGUUGACCGGAAACUGCCCGUGGCUAGGGACCGCGGCAAGGAUCGUCGUGGGGAUGGCACGAGAGAGUUCUUGGAGGAGGUUGCUCGUUCAACGGGCGUUUUCAUUGCGGUGGGCUUGAUUGAGAGAGCUGGUGGCAGCUUGUAUUGUGCCGUGGUCUAUGUUGAUCCGAAACGCGGCGUGUUGGGGAAGAGGAGGAAAGUCAUGCCAACCGCUGCAGAACGCCUGAUAUGGGCCCAAGGCUCGCCCUCGACCCUCCGCGCCGUCUCAACAGAGAUCAACGGCGUCCCCCUGACCAUUGGCGCAGCAAUCUGCUGGGAAAAUUACAUGCCCUUGCUACGGCAGAGUCUCUACUCGCAAAACGUCAAUCUGUACCUCGCCCCAACCGCCGAUAGUCGUGAUACCUGGCUCCCGCUUAUGCGGACGGUGGCCAGCGAGGGCCGCGCUGUGGUGUUAUCUGCCAACCAGUGCGUGCGCAGGAGCGAGUUACCGGAGUGGAUUACCGCCGGUUCAGCUGCCACAGGAGAAGAUAGACCAGAGAAGAUGAAGAAGAAGGAAUUGAUAACUACGAGCGAGGGGCCGCAUGAGAUCGUCUGGCCGCAGUCAGCGGUUGAUCAACUUCAUACGGAUAAGAAGAGGGAUCAGAUGUAUGCGAGUUUGGCUGUGGAGGACGGUGAUAUUUCCGUCAAAGACGACCCAAAGAAGACCCCCCAAAAAGAAACCGGCUCGAAGCUAUCCAACUCAGCACCACAGGACGACUACGUCUCGCACGGCGGAUCCUGCAUCAUCGGUCCACUGGGCGAAGUCCUCGGCGGACCCAUCUGGGACGUGUGUACAGACGACAACGAUCCCGCCGCCGCCGCCGCUGCUGCGGCUACAACAGGAGACGGGCUGGUCAUUGCAAAAAUCGACUUUGAGGACUGCGACAGGGGUCGUUUGGACCUGGAUGUUGCCGGCAGUUAUUCCCGGAAUGACGCUUUCAAGCUUACCGUUGAAGGGUUGGAUCUGAACCCGCCUCCCUGA